AUGCGCUUCAAGAAGUCAUUGACGUGCGUCGACAUGCAUACCGCAGGUGAGGCGGCCAGGAUUGUGACAAGUGGUUUGCCACACGUGCCGGGUGCUACUAUGGCGGAUAAGAAAGACUACCUGCGGAAGCACAUGGACAACUUGCGGCGCGGCGUGAUGCUGGAACCACGUGGUCACGAUGAUAUGUUCGGUGCCUUCCUGCUGGAUCCUGUUGCCGAGGGCGCAGACCUGGGCCUCGUAUUCAUGGACACCGGUGACUAUUUGAACAUGUGUGGACACAACUCCAUUGCGGCAGCCACGGCGGCGGUGGAAAUGGGGCUUGUGCACGUGCCACCGAAGGCAACACAUGUUCCCGUGGUGCUGGACACCCCUGCUGGGGUGAUACGCACUGUGGCGCACCUCGAGACCGACAGCGAGAGCGAGGUGUCGCAUGUGAGCAUCGUCAACGUGCCCUGCUUUCUGUACCAGCGGGACGUGACGCUGAAGCUGCCAGAUCCGUAUGGUGAGGUGAAGUUUGAUAUUGCGUUUGGAGGCAGCUUUUUUGCCAUUCUUCCCGCGGAGCAGCUGGGCCUUGUUAUCUCACUGGAAAAUCUCGCCAAGCUGAAGGAGGCGGGGGCGCUUCUGCGGGCUGAAAUCAACCGCACGAUGAAGGUUCAGCACCCCCUGCUGCCGUAUAUUAACACGGUGGACCUUGUUGAAUUCUACGGCCCGCCCACGCACCCUGAUGCAACCUGCAAGAACGUGGUGGUGUUUGGCAACCGCCAGGUGGACCGUUCACCGUGUGGGACAGGCACCAGCGCCAAAAUGGCAACACUCCACGCCAAAGGUGAGCUGCGCAUUGGGGAAUUGUUCGUGAACGAGAGCAUCCUCGGCACCCUCUUCCAAGGCAGGCUGCUUGGCGAGGAGAUAAUACCUGGAGUGAAGGUGCCCGCAACAGAAGAAUUCGCAAAGGGUAUGCUCGUCGUCACGCCCGAAGUCACUGGAAAGGCUUUCAUCACGGGUUUCAACACCCUGCUGUUUGAUCCAAAGGAUCCGUUCAUCAACGGCUUCACCUUAAAGCAAUAA